AGGCUGCAGAGCGAGUUGAAGCCGAGUGUCCAGGAACCGGAGGAGUCAUCUGAAGAAGAAUAACCUGUCGAAGAUGACCUGCCACCUCCUCCAAAGAAAGAGGCUGCCAAGCCUGUAGAACCUGAGACGAAGAAAGAAGCACCUGUUCCUCCAGCAGAAUCUAAGCCGCCCAUUCCACAGGCUCCCACGAUUCCGGAUCUCAGCAGCAUCACGGACGCUUUCACCAAAGUCAGGGCCAUUGACAAGCACCCAACCGUUCUUGUUGAAGUCGUGAAGAUUCUGCAGGUGAUCUUCGACUUUAGGCGCGUGAUGAGCGACAUGCAACAAAUCCUGCACGGAGACCUGGCCGGAGUUUUGCGGGAGUACCCGGAAAGAGCCCGAGGUCUGUUCCAUAUGGUUCGCACUCUGCCCAGCAGGUUCGCCAACGCACGUGACAAGGUCGAAGAGGUCAAGGAGGAGAGCCAGGAGCCCGAAUACAUGCAGACACUCAACGAGCUGCAGAGCUACCUGACAUCUGCAGGCGCAUCGGCGGAAGAACUACCCAACGCACUUUCCCUCGUUAGCACACUCGAUGCACUCAGAAGUAUCGCCGGACGCCUUCAGAACCACCUGACAGAGAAACUGACUGGUCGCAAGAGGGCUGCUGAAUCUAUCUCGGAACAACCGAGAUCAUCAAGGGUCGUCGAUGAGAUCAAGGACAUAUUCACGAUCAUUCCCGACACGUUCCGUGCCUACGGCCGGCGCAGCAAACUGAACGGCGGCCCGGGCAUCUUCAGCCCGUCGCCCGUGAGUCCACUGAGCCCGUGGAACCCCCUGAACCCAUUGUCGCCCAUCAGCCCCGUGUCGGCCGUCUCCAGGCUGACACCCGGUGACCCGUUGCGCCCCAUAUCUAGGGCCCAAGUGAGGGCCGUGGACACCGUGUCGAAGCGACUCGUCGACCUCUUCAACGCCCGCACAGGCAGCAAGAAAUCCUCCUGCCUCUCGGGAAUUUGCAACUUACAAGCGUGAACUCGAAAGAAGAGGAGUCCUAAAUCACAGGAUGCUAUUACGUCACUAUAGUUCGCACGAUCAUAAUUGAGUAUAUCCUAUAGUAUCGGACGGGGACUAGGGCACGGAA